UCUCUGUCCUGCACGCACCAGGAAGGUCUGAAUAACCUGAAUGUGAGGAGCCUUACAGAAGCUGCUCAUCUAUAUUUGGAUUGGAACCAGCUGCAUGUUACCAGAUCUGACAAGCGAAACAAGCAACCAAGUCUAAAAAAUAAAAGCCCAAAAGAAGCGACUUUGCUCUUCAAUUAGAUCAAUCUACCUGCCCCCCUUCAAAAUAAAUGACAUUACCUUAACGACCUAACCCCUACCUCUCUUUGGAGGUAGUUAAGCCAAAGCCUGCUUCAAGUCUGUGCAUCCAAUGUGGCUGAGUGAUUGGAUCUCAAAGUGUCCUCGGGUUGUUCACACCUGCUUUCACUCGUGACCCAAUCACCAAGACUCGAAUUUGAAACUCAAACCCCAACCUUCCAGAUGGUGGAUCUUCGCUAUCCAUUAAUUUUGAUGUUCAGUCCCAUUCAGUAAUCCCUUCCUUUCUUUUUUUUACUUUUCAGCUUUGCAUUGCUGUGUUGUUGGAGCGCUGUGUACAUUGUUCUUCUUGAGCCCAGAACGAGCUUCCUACAUGUAUGGAUCCAAGGGAGCUCACUCCUGAUUGGCAAACAUGGCACCUCCUUGCGUCCGUCUAAACUACAAAACCAGCUAAUUGUGACUCAGUUAAACUACAAACUCACUUAUGGCAGCCAGCGAGCAACCUUCGCAACCGACUAUAUUCCCUACAUAUCUACAACACCCCUUGCCCAACCGCUGCAGCCAUCAAGCUUCUCAACCUUCUGAGUUGCAAACAUCAUGUCCCAUCCACCGUAUGACCCCAUGUCUCUGGGAGCCAAAGGUCAUCCCAAGGGCCAUAUGGACUCUCGACGACAGAGGCAGAAGUGGACCCUCAGGGUGCAUCCUCCGAUCUUGGACCUCCUGGUUCAAGCCCGAGUUCUUCCGGAGCGUCCUCUGGAAUUCCCAACAAUUCUCGGCCAAUAAUACCACCGUUGAUGUCUCUGUCGGGAAAUGACAGGCCUGCCGAGGACGAGGAUUUUGCUAGCUCUGUAGACGUGAGAUUAGCGGCGCCGGAGAGGAGGUGAGGUUUCUGGACCAGGACACUUCCAGCUUACAAAGGGAUUCAGGCACAGGAAUGAAGUCCUACCCCUGGUUGCAGUCCUCAACCUCUGCCUCUGUCGGACCUGGAGACAACAUGGACACACAAAGUGACAAUAAGCCCUUGGACUGGUUUUUGAACUACGAAAGACCCACUGCUGAUGACUCGCCCCCUGCUUUGUCUAGCUCAGAACGCACUGAAGGCGGUACGUUAAAUACCACCAAUGAGUCCAAUCUAGGGUUGGAUCAUGAUGGCGAUCCAGUGUCCUCAAAACCAGAAUCCUUAACAGAGUCUGAUCAUCCCAAGUGCACCUCUGGAAUGGCAGCUGAUAUCCUUCUGCAGUUUGGACUUGAAAAAGAAGAUUUGGAACUUCUCAUCUCCUAUCCCGAAGACCAGAUUACUCCCGCUAACCUGCUGGUGAUUUUACAACAGAUACGCCUUCAGAAGGACAAGAGAUCGGCCAGCAGAUCCUCGCGUAGUUCAGCGUCGAGUUCUGCAACUUCUCAAAGCACCGAGCAAACAAACCAGCCGCUCGCCGGCCUGAUUACCUACGACCACUUGGCGCAUCUGAUUUCCGAUGCGCGGUCUCCCGUAAAGGCGGCGGUUGCCAAGAAUCGGCCGACGCCAGCUAUGAUUCAAGACUACUCCUCUGUCCCGCCAAGUGUCUUCCCGCACACCUGUUCUUUGUGUGACCAUAAAUGUUCCAAAAUGGUGGAUUGGACGCAGCACCGGAUGAACGGCCUUCAUUUUUCCAACUGCCAAAAGCUUCUCAGACAUUACCCUAACUGGGUGCCUAAGGUUGAUAUGGAGACCAGGACUGCAGGUAAAGAUGCAAAGUCCUCAACCUCUGCAGAGACUCGGCGACAUGAGAGAACCAGACAUGAGAGUCGCUCCCGGUCCAAGUCAAAGAGCCCCCGUUGCCGCCGUGGCUCUGGCGGUCGAAGGAAUAAACGACGAUCCCGAUCGCCUCAUCGCUCCAGAUACCAUCGCAGGUUCCGAUCGCGGUCUCGCUCCCCACAGCAGGAUCACCGGAUCUCCUCGCGCCAUCGGUCACGUUCGAGGAGCCCUGAGAGACAAUUGUCUCCAAGGACGAGUGGCAGGAGAUGGUCGACGCCGAGAAGGAGCCGUGAGAGACGAUCGCCUAGGAGAAGGAAGCGUGAGAGGAGAUCACUGCCGGAGUCUGAGUCGUGCCCUGAAGGAGAGAGGAAAAGCAGCGCAGAGAGACUGGCUAAGAAACUCCUGGAAACAUCAGGUGUCCUCUCGCUGUCAAAUCAGAAUGACCUGGAGGCCGUGGUUAAAAGUCUUGCUCCCGCCUUAGUGGCAGAACUAUCCAAGAUGAAAUCCUCUUCCUCCGGUAAAGGACGGAAAGGCUCCUCUUCUCCUCCCUCUGCUGGAGGAAAGAGAUCAUCUGCAUCCUCCUCCUCUACAGAACGGAAGGAGUCUGCAACGAAAACCUCUAAAGCAAAGCCCAACCUGCAGAAAAGCGAGUCCAGUAAAGCGUCACCUCAGACCACGGUGACCCUGCAGGAGAUUUGGCCUACUCUCUCUCACAGCGACGUGCUCUCUGCCGUGGAGCAGUUUGGAAAAACGAAGUCGGUCGUUCUGUAUCGGGCCAAGAUGGAGGGCGUGGUGAUUUACGAGAAAGAAGAGGACGCUAAGAAGCUGAAGAGCUUGAAGUCACUCUACAUCAACGGAAUCCCUCUCACUGUUGGCAAAGAAAAGGUGACUGUUGGUAAGGAGAAGACCCCUCCUCUAAAAAAAUCCGGCAUGUCUAGUCCAUCCUCAACUGAAUCCAGCAAUGAAAAGAUUCAUCCCACAAGUGUAACAUCCAACAUUAAAGACAAACAUGUGAUUUUGGAAGCUAAGAGCGUCUCAACCCGACAGAUAGCUAAAACUCUACAAACUGGAUCAUCGUCUACCUCAGCCUCAGGGUCCAAGUCAGAGUCUCCUGGAAACAAGCCUGUAUCUGAAAGGUCUAAAACCACCGUUACAGAAGCUGGAGAGGAGCUGAAAGACAAACCCAAAACUCCAGAACCGGCGAAGGCCUCAGAGGUUAAAGUAGAAACGGUCUCAACAACACAGAAACCCAAAACUCCAGUGGACAAGCUGCCUGCAGGAGAAGCUGCCACUAAAGAAAGUGUCUCUGAAAUAGCUCCAAAAGAUGAAAAAAAUCCCACUAAAUCUACAGCUCCAGAUCAUCAGUCUGACGGGGACAACUCAAAGCCUAAAGAAUCUGAAACUAAGCUUCAAGCGUCUUUGGAGGAGCCGAGGGACACAGCCGAGGAUGUUGAAAAAGCACAUGAACCAGUUCUUGAACCCGAGAGUCGAGGAAAACCCAACAACGCUGAAGAUUCAGAUGAACCGAUGGAGCUCGGGGCGUCAGGAGGUAAAGUUUCAGAACCUGUGGAAGUCAAAGGGAAGAAACAAGUUCAGAGGCUGCACCAGAAAGUUCAGCAGACAAACCCGGAGAGAGUCGACCGCCAACCAGUUCAGUCGAGACUCAGCCAACAGAAACGUCCGUCGAAGCUUCCAGCCAGGAAAGCGUCUCGCCAGAACCGGAACUGGAGACGAACACAGAAGAAGCAUCACACUUGAAACAUCAGGCUGCAGGUCUGGGGAUUUCAGCAUCGGCCGAGGAGUCCUCCAAAGCCGCGGACACUUCUGCAUCUUUGACCCCCCAGGAAACGGCUGCAGGGACGAGCGAGCAGCAGCCUUCACCUGUAGUUACCCCCCCGACUGCCGGGGAGAUGAUGGACACCCUCCUGGAUGCAUCGAAAAUAAGUACAAAUAAAAAAAUUCCAACAUGUAGACCAGCUUUUUUAAUUUGAGAAAUAUCAAUUUUAUGAGUUUAUGAACAAUCUCCUUCUUCUG